CGCGAAUUCUAAAUCUCUGAAGAAAAAAGAAGGGACUAAAGAGAUGGACGGAGACAUGGAGAUCUCGCUCGAUAAGCUCCCAAUCAAAAGAUUGGACGCCAUUGAAGAGAAUGGACUAGAAAGAUUUCCUCCUGACGUAGGUCACGAUGAGAAGUGGGUUUCCUUGAUUCGGCGUAUCGACUUUGCUUGGGCAGUAGAGAAAGACGCCAAGAAGCAGAAGACUUCCAAGGAGACUUCGACUCCGUGGCCAUGGCAAAGCUUGGUGGACAAUUUGCAGUUGGCUCAUCAAGAGCUUUCUGUCAUUAUUGAUCUCAUCAACACGGUGGAAGCUAAUGAUGCAGUUACUGUGGCUGGCAUGACCAGGCCUAAACAGUUGCCUAAUGAAGUUCUAUCGGACCUUGCUGUAUCUGCAGCAACUAAAUUACAAUGCUUCCGGCAUCUUGGGCGAUACCUUAAGCAGUCUGCCAAUGGUUUGGAGCAGCAAGUUGCUAGGGAAGCAAGAUUUUAUGGUGCUCUUAUCAGAUUGCAGCAGAACUGGAAAGUUAAACGACAGCGCUUGGCAGUUCCCACAGGAAGCAGUGAAGGCUUCACAAUUGAUCUGUUUGAUAAUUCAUUAUCUGAUCCAACGGCUAUAGUUCGCCCAUCUAAUAUAUCUACAGUUCGUGUUGAUCAUGACUCAGCUGGAAUGCUGGCUAUACACCUACCUCCAAAGUCUUGUCGCUCUAUGCAUUUUGGGUUUCUUGGUGGCCAUUCAGGUUACAAGCCAAAGAAACCCAAUAAAAUCAAAAUGUAUGACUCAGGUGAGAAUCAUUUGAGAGAAACAAAGAAAGAGGCUAUGAGUGAUGAAGACGCUGAUGAAUCUGUUAAAGAAACUCAUUCAGUUCUACGUGAAGUUCAUCAAGCAAUCUUUGAUGAGCAGGUGUUUGAUUUGGUGAAUCGUGAAGCUUUUAACCCAACUUCUGGAGUUAAUGUGACUGGUAUAAGAGAAAACUAUCUACAGUUGGGCAUAGGUCAAGGAGCCUCAGUUUUUAUUUCACUUGUGCCUUCUGGGCAAGAUGCAGAUCAAACAACAGAGAAUGCAACUGCCAAUAAUUUGGAAACUGCAGUCUUAUCUUCUGACCCACCUGAGGGGGUGAAGGCAGCUGGAAACAAGCAGGAUUCCCUGAAAUGGAAGUCAAGAUUUCUUAAUCCAAUUGGUUAUGAAAUUUAUCUGCAACAGAUUCUCCAUGAAAAUGUUUUUGUGAGAGCAAAGGAUAGAUGCCGCCCAUCUACUGCUAGAACUCAAAUAUCUGGUCAGCCUGUAGCAGCAGAUGGAUUUGGUCUUCUGGGUCAUUUUUGUAUGACUUUGGCUCAUAGAAUUUUUUCGAACAAAGUUCUGGCAGAGCUGGAAAUUCUGGCCAGCAGGGUGCCUUAUCUCCAUUUGUUAUCUCAUCCUACUUGGCAUUCUCGGACUUCUUCAUGGUCAUUGUCUAUGAAGGUUCCUCAGUCCAUUCUUCAUGCUGGCCAUCGAACCAGGCCAUCGGAAGUCCAAAGCACGAAGAAUGUUGUCAGGUCACAGUUUCAGACCAAAGUCGUGGUGAAUGAUGACCGGAUCAGUGUAGAAGGGGAGGGUGCACCUAAUGUUGUUGGCUUGUUCAAGGGCAGUUCUGAAAAUAUCUGCUCAAUGAACAGUUAUGGAUUUAAUUUGCCUGAUCUUCCUGUGGUCCUCCUGCAGCAAGUUGCAAGUCAAGUUGUUCGUUGGCUUCAUGAGGAAGCUCUUAUGGUGGGAAUGAAGGCGAGCCGGGAUUUUCUAUGUUUGUCUUUUGAGCUGGAUCAGGGUGAGAUAUUGGGGCUACUUGCACACGUGGAUCCUGAAGAUACACAUGGGGGCAUCUCAUGGUGGUUGGUUAAGGAGGAUGGGAUGAUGGAAGAGGGCAAGCUUCAGAUGGAUUUCACUGUGGGUGGCUCUGAAAAUAGGAGAUAUUUAGGGCACUUAUCUUUGGAAGCAUUGUAUUCUACAUUAAUGGCUUUUUUGACCUUGUGUAGUAGCAGUGGAAACCAUUGAUUC